CAGAGUGCCGGUGCUGCAAUCGCAUAUCUUUUUCAUCACGAAACAAAGGAGAGUGUGAGGGGCUAUUGACUUCAGCAGAGAGUGAUUUCAGAAAUGUCUCGGAGGUAUGAUAGCCGUACGACGAUCUUCUCACCUGAAGGUCGCCUCUACCAAGUGGAAUAUGCCAUGGAAGCGAUUGGAAAUGCAGGAACUGCUAUUGGAGUAUUAUCAACAGAUGGAGUUGUCUUGGUAGGGGAAAAGAAGGUGACUUCUAAACUCCUCCAAGCAUCGAAAUCCACCGAGAAGAUGUACAAAAUCGAUGACCAUGUGACCUGUGCUGUAGCUGGUAUAAUGUCUGAUGCCAACAUCUUAAUUAACACUGCCAGAGUCCAAGCCCAGCGCUACACUUAUGCUUACCAAGAACCAAUGCCAGUAGAACAGCUUGUUCAGUCUCUAUGUGAUACUAAGCAAGGUUAACAGUUUGGUGGGCUCCGUCCAUUUGGUGUCUCGUUUCUGUUUGCUGGUUGGGAUAAGAACUUUGGCUUUCAGCUCUACAUGAGCGACCCAAGUGGCAAUUAUGGUGGUUGGAAGGCGUCUGCGAUCGGGGCAAAUAAUCAGGCAGCCCAGUCAAUGCUUAAGCAGGACUAUAAGGAUGACAUCACCAGGGAAGAAGCUGUUCAGCUUGCGUUGAAGGUACUUAGUAAGACCAUGGACAGCACUAGUCUUACAUCAGAUAAGCUUGAACUGGCUGAGAUCUUUCUCUCUCCCUCUGGGAAAGUGAAAUAUGAAGUUUGUUCGCCAGAAUCCCUCAGUAAGUUGUUGCUCAAGUCUGGAGUAACCCAACCUGUUACUGAGGCUUCCUGAGUUUAUUCUCCUCUGUUACUGUAUUUCAAUAAAUGACUUAGUUUCAGGAUUUUUAGUUUAUCUUCAUAUGUUACUUUAUGCUUCACUUGGAUUGAACAUCUUGAGUCAAAGAUUUGAUGAUCCACCUUAUAGGUGGAACUUUGAACAAUGUAGUUAAUUUUUCGUGAUAUAGUUUGUCAUUUGAAACCAGUUGUGCUCUGAUACAGUUUCUUCAGAGGAAACUUUAAUUUCAUGC